GCAGAAUACUCUUCUCGGUCAACAAUAAUUAUCACCAUCACACCCAGGUCAAGUGGGAACAAUCCUGCAUCAUGGACGGACAGGAAGCAAUCGCGAUAGGCAUUCUCAUCGCCUAUUUCGGUCUCAUCGGUCUCUCUUUCGCCUUGGUCUCUAGGUCUAUCAUCGCGGGUACAGAGACCUCAAGGUUGUGGGAGGGAAGGGCUUUCUGGUUCUUGAGGUCUGCAUUUGGGGCUCUUCUGUGUACAUGGUACUACAUGAUCCAGUUCAUGAAUUGGUCGUAUGAAGACUUCAAGGCAUCAAGAACAUUGAUAGGUGGCGCUACCUUCGGCCAGUGGCUUGUCAACACGGCGCUCUUUGAGCAAGCUUGGACGAUAGUCUGCAAGGGUGCUGGCAAUUGGUGGUGGUCAAGUUGGAUCUGCACCUGGACCAUCUUGUUCACUGCCAUCGUCUGGUCUGAGAGCGGUAGACGCGGUAUCAAAUAUCCUUACGCGUACAUGCUCCUCGGCCAACUCGUUGCCAUGUCCGUCGCUACCGCCCUCUUUCUCGCCGCCCUCUCCCUUCACCCGCGCACGAGCUCCAACCCCCGCAAGAUUCCCUUCAUCAUCGCCAUCCCCCUCACGCUGGCAUUUGUCCCGGCAUGGCUGCUGCCGCAACAUGUGGGCACGGAGAGUUUCAUGAACUCGCUUCUGUGGCUCCAUGGUGCGCUACUGCUACCUCUUAUCAGCCCUGCCAAGUCUGGACCCGAUGGACAGGUGGAGAGUAAUGGUGUUCCUCUGUCUCUGCUUUACCCGGUGAUUGUCGGACUGAUGGGCGUCAUCCACAUUCCCGCAACCCAAGAACUCUUCCUCCGCCUCCCCACCUCUCGCACCUUCUCCUCCCACCUCCUUCAAGUCCUCUUUUCCCACCCCGCCCAGGCUUCGGUAUCGCUCGAUGUCGUCUGGGUCGCAUCGAUAGUGACGUCGUGGUUUGUCGUCACCGGACCUACUGCCUUGCGUAUCGCCAAGGCAGCUCUGGUCGGUAUCGUCGGCGCGCUAUUCACUGCUCGAUACCUCGGUGUCAACUGGACACUCAUCGCCAGUAUCAUCCCCAUCUUCUUCCUCCUCUCCGCCGGUGGCGCCACCCUCUACAUCCAAAACCUUCGCCGAACGAACCUCUACAAACGUCAGUCGUUGAUGGAUUCCAUGGGCAUGCCUGAUGGUACGCUCGUCCAAGGUACGGGCAGCAAGCCGCCGGGGUUUAGCAGUAAGAAGACGGUGGUUGGAUUUUGGCAUCCAUUCUGUAAUGCUGGUGGCGGGGGAGAAAGAGUGUUGUGGGUUGCUAUCAGGCAUAUUCAGAAGACGGACAAGGAGACGAUGGUUCUGGUGUACUCUGGCGACUACCCUGAGGCUUCCAAGGAAGAGAUCAUUAGGAAAGUUAAGGAGAGAUUCUCGAUCAAUCUCGACCCUUCAAGAUUGCACUUCAUCCCUCUCCGAUCGCGAUACCUCGUAUCAGAUGGGUACUGGAAACAUUUCACGCUCCUGAGCCAAUCGCUCGGAAGCGUCCUCCUGGCUUGGGAGGGGCUCUGUGGCAAAGACGGUCUAUGGGGAGAUAUCUUCAUCGAUUCCAUGGGCUACGGUCUGACUUAUCCCACUGUCCGACUGAUUGCCGGCCCCGAUAUCUCCAUCGGAUCGUACACUCACUACCCUACUGUGAGCGCCAACAUGGUGAAACGGGUAAAGGAACGGGUGUAUGGUGUGGAGAAUGCUGGUGCUUCCAAGAGCUGGAUCAAGACUCAAAUCAAGCUCAUAUAUUACUACAUCUUCACAUCAAUCUACUCGGUCUCCCUUCUCUACGCCCAACACAUUAUGACCAACUCUUCCUGGACUCAAGCCCAUAUCCAAUCACUACUCACUUCUGCUCGAUCCUCCUUCCUCGCCUCCAUUUUGCUCAAAGACGACGUCUCGGUACAAAAGCAAAAAGAGAGGGGCGAGCUGGCUGAAGGGGAAGGGUUGGAGUGUGGGGUCGUGUAUCCACCGACGGAUACGACAGAGUUAGCGAGGUUGGGAGGGUUGGAGAGUAGGAAGAGGAAGAUCGUGUCGCUAGCUCAGUUUAGGCCUGAGAAAGACCAUGCCAAACAGUUGUAUGCGUUAUCAGCGAUGUUUGAAAAGUAUCCUCAGUACCGACACGGGUCUCAAGGGGUCACGUUGACACUCAUGGGCGGUGUAAGGGAUGCGGGCGAUCAAGCUCGUUUGGAUGGUUUGAAGACGCUAGCAAAGAAGCUAGAGAUUGACGAGAAUGUAGAAUUUGUGGUCAGUGCGCCGUACCCGGAGAUAGUGAAGAGGCUCGGUCAGGCGUCCUUGGGGAUGAACACGAUGAUGGAUGAGCACUUUGGUAUCAACGUUGUAGAGUUCAUGGCCGCUGGUCUGAUACCGGUGGUGCAUGCGUCGGCGGGGCCUCUGAUGGACAUUGUGGUCCCGUACAAUGGACAACGUACAGGUGCGAUAUCCCGCAUCUCCUAUCUGCCUUAUCGCACAUCUGACUCGUAUCUAGGUUUCCACGCGACAGACGCCGCCUCGUUCGCCGAAGCUAUCCAUGCUGCCUUGUCUCUCUCCCCGAAAGAGAGCUUGAAGAUGCGCAAAGCGGCAAGACAGCUGGCGGUGGAGAAGUUCUCGGAGAGGAAGUUUGAGGAAGAUUGGGAUGUUGGGUAUGAGAGGUUGAGGGAGAUCGCUUGGAAGGGAAAGUAGGGCGAGGCUGUCAGUGAUGAUGCACUCAGUAAUGACUGCUUUGGAACGUGCACGGCUGGGUCAACAUACGUGCGAGGACAUCGAGUACGACGCUGCUGAGGGGUCGGUUGGGUACGGCAUGAUCCGGUGUUGUCCGACGACAAGAAACUUUGCUUAUUUGCCUAUCACUCUAUCAGGCGUGCGAAUGCGUGGAGCAUGACUCGGUCCUGGAUCCUGAAAAGUGAGAUGGGAGCCAAAGUAGGAAAGGCCAUAUCAAUCAAUCGGAGCAAGCUUUCGUGAAGAGAUGAUUUAUGAAGUCAUGAUCAUCUCAACAAGUGGGUCUUUAUCAUGGUGCGGAUUAGUGCAGCUUUGCUAGAGUUAAGUACAAUAAAAUACAGGUUGACAGUCGGUCGGAGAUGGAUAUCGAUCACCCCGACGGCCUAGACCGCCUCUCGCGUCAUUCACUAGCGGUGACUGCCCUGAAGAGUAAGCAAUUACUCAACGUAAG